GAAAGGAGCAGAGGACAAUAACCAACACACAAACUGAUUGCGUUGCCUUCAUGUCACUCUUCGUUAUAAGCUGAAUGCGCAAGAGUCUCCGUAUAUACAGUAUCUAGUUUGAUGGUUAAUAUCAAAUGCAGUUGAGCUGAAAUUCACCUUGUUCCAGUGAGAGAAAUGAUAAAGUCAAUUGAAAGUCAGCCAAGCAGCAAACCCCCGACAAGCCCCCGGUUCAGCAAACUCUGGUUUACGAAGCUGGCAACCUAUGAACCAUGAAGCAAAUGGAGUGGUGUCAGAGGAGUCAAGGGAGUGAAGGGAGUCAAGGGAGUCUAGGGAGUCCAGAGAGUCAAGGGAGUCAAGGGAGUCCAGAGAGUCAAGGGAGUCCAGGGAAUAAAACGGAGUUAUGGGAGUGUACAUUAGGUUUUCACUCCCUGUCAACAUGUACUUUAGCAGUAUUACAAUUAUGUGUAUGUGUGAGUGUGUGUUUGUAUUUCUCAGAUGCUGGCUCUUUGCUUGAGGUCACAGUGAGUAUAUUCACAUCACCUCCUUCUUUGCGUCGUCCUUGUAAUUAGUACUCACAGUGUUGUAAAGCAUAGUAAUAAAGGAGGAGUUCUGAUUCACCAUUUUUGGGUAGUGUAUCUCCUUAAAUAAGCACAAAUUAAUGUAUAACAUUAACGCCUAGUAUUAUAGUCUAU